GCCAGCCGCUCGGCGCCGCGGGCUCGCCAUGCACUCCGCCGCCGUCCUGGCGCUUCUGCUCUGCGCCUGGCAAGCCACUGCGCUCCCCGUGAACAGCCCUAUGAAUAAGGGGGACACUGAGGUCAUGAAGUGUAUCGUGGAGGUCAUCUCUGACACGCUUUCCAAGCCCAGCCCGAUGCCGGUCAGCCAGGAGUGCUUCGAGACGCUCCGCGGAGAUGAACGGAUCCUCUCCAUCCUGCGGCAUCAGAAUUUGCUGAAGGAGCUCCAAGACCUUGCUCUCCAAGGGGCCAAGGAGAGGGCGCAGCAGCAGGAGCCGCACAGCAGCUUCGAGGAGGAGCUCUCGCAGGUCCUGGACGCCCGGAGCGACCAGACCACGCCGCCAGGGGUGACGGAAGAGGCGGCCUCCAAGGACGCAGAGGCGAAGCGGGAGGACUCGAGGGAGGCGCCGAGGAGCGGGGAAGCCGCAGACGGAGCCGGGCCCCAGGCCUUCCCAGCACCCGGGCAGGACAGCACGGCGGACGCCAACAGCCCGGCCCCGGGGGAGGCGGAAGCCACCCUCACCCAGCCCCCACCCAGCCUCCCCGGCCAGAAACACCCAGGGCCGCAGGCUGAGGGGGACAGCCGGGACCCCACAUGGCAUCCAGGGGACGGGGCCAGAGGGCCGAGUGCAAAGCCAGGGCAGCAGGUGAAGAGAGAAGAGGAAGGGGAGGAGGAGGAGGAGGAGGCAGAGGCUGGAGACAAGGCCGGCCCUGCACGGGAAGGCCCCACGGCAGCAGGUGGCCCGCACGCCAACCUUGGCCACAAAGAGGAACGGAAAGGCAAGAGUCGGUCCGAGGCUCUGGCCCAGGAUGGCGCCCGGAAGACUGGGGCUGAGCCCCCCGAGGGGCAGGAGGAGGCGGAGGAGCCGGCGGGGACCCCCGGAGGUCCUUCCCUGGACGGGAAGGGCAGGGAGCCGGAGCCGGAGGAGCAGGACGAGCCGCUCUCCAAGGAAUGGGAGGAAGCCAAGCGCUGGAGCAAGAUGGAGGAGCUGGCGCAGGAGCUGACGGCCGAGAAGCGGCUGCAGGGCGGGGAUGAGGACGAGCCCGACCGCUCCAUGAAGCUCUCCUUCCAGCCCCGCGCCUAUGGCUUCAGGGGGCCCGGGCCCCAGCUGCGGCGGGGCUGGCGGCCAUCGGCCCAGGAGGACAGCGUGGAGGUGGGCCUGCCCCCACGGGGCCACGGCUACCUGGAGGAGAAGAAGGAGGAGGAGGGCAGCGCCAACCGCAGGCCCGAGGACCAGGAGCUGGAGAGCCUGUCGGCCAUCGAGGCGGAGCUGGAGAAGGUGGCACAGCAGCUGCAGGCCCUGCGGCGGGGCUGA